GUUGGGUUCUUGAGGAAUAUCUAGGUCAGCUGAUUACCUGAUCUGAGCGCUGGGCGCCUAGAGCUUCGAUUAUAUGCCACCUAUUCUUCUCAGCUGCUGACCUAAUUGUGCAUACAAGAUAUAUUCGAUCUUAACUACUUCUAGUCUCGCUGCCCAUCCUCUGCCGCCGCACUCUUGAAUAGACAUAUCCUCCGUUAGGAAGUCAAGUAGCGUCAAACUUUCUGAAAGAGUCAAUGAUAUUUGUGAUGGCAGUAGUCUGGCGCUGCCUAUAUCACGUAGCCGUCCCAUGAUGCUGUCCAUUUGACAUUGGGUGAGAAGGCGUGCCGACGGACAUGGAAAUCAGCGUUCAGAUCCAGAAUGAUCAAAGUAAUUUGCAAGUCCUACAAGAAUCGGCCUUGUGACAUAGAUACCUCAACGACUAUAGUCGAUUUCAUAUGGGUUACAGUCCAUCAAUCGGACCCUGAUCAGGUGCCAAUCCAUCUUCCGGGCGAAAUAACCAGGCCCACGCGCCAUAUAUUGGGUUUGAACCCUCGGGACAACUUUGUGGUCAAUGGGAUCUUGUGGGGCAUGGAAUGGCUUCAUGGGAAACGAGCGCAUGGGACGCUACGUGCUUGGCGUUCAUGGACGAUACGCGAAGCCGAGAGGAAGUUUCGUAGUGUUCACAAGGGGUCAGUCAGUGCUAUGAAUUGAUAGAGUUUAAUGUUGUGUAAAUGCCCAGGGACCCUAUGGAGCUUCGAACUUGGUGAAUGUCUGCUGUAAAGCAACGUUGGUUUGGCUAAGCA